GACAUCUUCACUGAUGAUCAGGGCACUGAUGAUCAGUGCCCCGAUGAUCAGUGUAGCCCCAUCAGUGUCAUCUGUCACUGCCCCAUCAGUGCCACCUGUAAGUGCCCAUCAAUGCCACAUACCAGUGCCCAUCAAUGCCACAUAUCAGUGCCCAUCAGAGCUACCUUUCAGUGCUACCUAUCGGUGCCAGUCAGUGCCGCCUGUCAGUGCCCAUCAGUGCUACCUAACAGUUCCAAUAAGUACGCCCAACAGUUCCAAUCAGUGCCGCCUAUCAGUGCCAUAUGAGUGCUGCCUUUCAGUGCCCAUCAGUGAUGCC